CGACGUGCUCUCCACGGUAGACCGCCGUCCAGGACGAUGCAGCAGCCACCUGCGGUCCGCUGCAGGUGUUCAUGAUUGGAAAUCUGCGUAUAUGUAUGUAUAAUUUGAUGGAUAGAGAGGGGGUUGAUGACUGUCGGAAGCGAAAGGACGCGAUUCUAACCUCCAAGUUUAAACUCGAUGAAAGGGAUGGAUGAAUAGACACGACGCGAUUAAGUGGGCAUCGAGUCAUUGUACCGCGAUAAUAGCAGCACUGGUAUCGAUGAUCGGUCUGUGGAAAGUCGUGAUAACGCUCAACCAAUCAGAACAAAGAUAACAAGGGAUUCUGUGUCGAGGAUUCUUCAAGAUAACCGAGAGUAACUUGUGCUGGAUGAUUUUUAGAUGGACUGUCGAGCGUAUCCACCUUUAUAAAAAAGCAGGCAUAAAAGAAAGUAAAAAGUUUAACAAAUCUAAUUUAAAUUGCGUAUGAAUAUAUUCGUACUGUUGCUACAAGUAUAGUUGAUUGAAAAAAUCUGGAGCUAGAUAUUUUUAAAAAUUUAGUAUUGGAAGGCUGGACGCCUUUUUAUUUAAACUAUAAGGCAUGUCGAAAUUUAUGAGUAUUCCUGCCGCCCUCGAAGAAAAUUAUACCUAAAUAAGGAUGUGUCUUCCUUCAAUAUUGCCCUCCUGAAUAAGCCGUCUGCAAAUUAACCCUGUGAUCGAAACAUGAAUACUCCAACUCACCGCUGGAAGUCUGCGGUCUGUCCGACCAGUGGCUACUUUUUCCACUGUGACGUCGUCUUUCAGUGAAACGAGCUUGAAUUGAUCAGACCUCGUUCCCUGGUGUUUGCUCAAUAAUAAGACUGACUCUGAAACUAACAGUAUUCGUACUAAUGGUACAAACGUAAUCACGCUCAAGAUAAAAUGGAUAACAUUAACAGUUAUUUAACGUAAAUGUGUAAAUUAGUUGAUAAGUGUUUUUUGUAUAAUUACUCAAGUUCUUAACGCUCAAGUUUAUAAGAAAAUAAUUAAUCGUAAAAAUUACUACAAAAUAAUAGCGAUAGUUAAACUGAUCAUUAACUCCAAAGACUUAAGUUAGUACGUAACAUCAAAGUUUCAAGUCGACAAUCCAUUUCAAAGAAUUAAGUUAUCAAGCAUAUAACAUUAAAAUUCAUGCUGACAACUAAUUACAAGAAUCACUGCACAAGUUAACAAACUUUAAGCUAUCACAAAUUGCAAAUACCACUGCAAAGAUCAAGAAAAUGCAAGAUAACAAAUAAGUAAAAAGACUGUACUACGUGCAAAGAUUAACAAAACUUGAAUGACUAAUUACCUAUUAUCACCAACCUAAAGGAACCAUCUUAAGAGUUAACAAAAUCUAAAUUGUGAAUCACAUCCAAUAAGCCAGAAUAACUUCAAAAAUUAACAAUACCUAUAAUCAUCAUUUCAAUCAAAAUUACCCAUUUAUACAAAAGUCAUCAAUUACCUCCAAAAGAGAACCGCUUUAAGAAUUAACAAAGUCCAAGCUACAGAUAACAUCGAACAAGAUAAUCUCAAAAGUUAACAAUAUCCAAAUUGUCAAUUAACCAUUUGUAUAUGAACUAAUUUUGAGAGAAAGAAAGAAAGAAAGGAAAAAAUGCCGGUUAGAGCGAGAAGAAAACAAGUGACUUUUCGUAACAGCGAGCACGAGUACGAACCGAUCGCGGCGCCGUCGCCAUCGCCAAAGCCGGCGACGGCGCCGGUCGUGCGAAUCACCGACACGGAUGUGGUGCCCGUCGCUGACAGCGACGACAGCAUCGACGACCGGGCAAGGCUACCGCCGGAGCUGACACGGGCCGGCGAUGUCGUCCUCCCGUUGGACGGCAAGAUCGAGGACACCGCGAUGGAAGCUCGCGAGCUCGUGGAAACCGGCGACACCUCUGAAGAAUUGGAGACCCCGCAACAACUGCAGGAGCGGCUCGAGGAACGAUUUUUAAGCGCUGCUACUCCAGGCGCUGAGUCCAGGACUGAUGGAGAGGUCAACACUAGUCAAGUAGACUCAUUGGCAUUGGAGGAACUUCCUCUCCGUCGCGGUGCUCGCGGCUUGCCCCAACGUCUAAAAACGCAGGCUAGCAAGCUACGUUCCCGUCUGAGAAACAUGCAACGACCCACGUUCGCCUUCACUGAGCGACAAAAGCAAGACAAGGCCAGGACGACAAGCAGCGGUCGCUCGGACAGAUCCAGAUCCGAUAAGAGACCCAGUCGAAUGGAUAGAAUACGAUCUUCCUUCUCAGAAAGACCUAGAUUUAGCUUACCCGAUCGUCCGAGGUUAUCUUUGCCAGACAAAUCAAAGUUUCAUUUACCCGAACGACCGAAAUUCAACUUUCCUGAAAAGGCAAAAUUCCAUCUACCUGAGAAAGCAAAGUUCAAUAUCAAGAAGCCUAACAUUCGACUACCUAACGCUCUGACUCGCAAGAAAUCCCCUGUUCACGAACAGCGAUCUACAGAUUCCACGAUGGGCUCCAAGAAGAAUAUUUUCGACUUUCCUACUUAUCCGCGGAUAUUCGAUAAAAAAUCAAAGAGCAGAGGCGAAUACGCGACCUCUACGCCAAAAGAUUCGAGGGCACAGUCAGCAGAGAGUGCUACGUUUCCACGGACACGUAAAAGAACCGACAGAUGGACUCAGAGAUUUAACAAGACUACUGCUUUUGGCGACGAGGACCAAUCGAAUGAAGAAUCUGCGGCAGAAAGGGCUCAACCUUGGCGACACCCUUCCAUAGAGAUGCCUAGAUUGUCUAUGAGCGAAGAAGGAGCAGUCACGAUACCCUGGGAAGAGAAACACAGGGAGGAAGAGUUUCAAUAUAUGGAUUAUGAACAGGAAUCCCCAGAAAUUUCUGAUCGUCAGCCACAUCCAAGGUCAGAAACUUCCAGGACAGAAGAAGAAUCGUAUAACAGAGAUAGACCAGAGUCAGAUCUGAUAUUGUAUCCAACUGAAAAGGAAAUAUAUCAACGCGAUGCUAGAGAAGAAGAUGUGGAAGAAGAUCAAGAAGAAUGGAGACCAGAGGAAAAGAUACCUAAAAAGCAAUUCAGACCUAUUCCAAGAUCCAGGUCCUUAGAAGAGGUUCUUCGAGCCAGGCAAGAAGGUUAUGAAGGAUCUUUUGCGAUGAUGGAUCCAAGAAGAUAUGGAGUACACAAGACACCAUCCGAAGAAGAAGAAUACGAAGAAGACAUGGAUGAAGACGAGGAACCUGAACCAUCAUCCGCUCAAUCGGAUAGAGAACAACAACAUUCGAGUGCCAGCUCCUGUGAUCGACGUCGACAUGGGGUUAUUGAAGAAAUUGAUUCCGACGAGUUCUUCCUACGAGAACGUGGACUCAGUCAGGAUGACAUGACUCUUGGUAAAUAUUUAAAUAGUGAAAUCAGAGAUGUUUUGAGAACAGAAGGAAAUGUUUUAGCCAAUGACGACAUGGUACCAAUUCCUCCCAUGAGAAAGAGGUCAAUAAGAAAGCAAAAAGAAGGUUCCGUGGAGUCAUAUGAUGUAAUGCCACCAGUCAGGCCAAAAAGGGAUUCAAACAAGGUUCAUCGGAGCGAAUCUACGGAUGAACAGGUCCGUGAUCAAAGCAGUAGCGACUCCAGACACAGGAUAGUCUACCAGACAGAAGGAGAACCUGCGAAACUUCCAAUUGAACCGUUGGAUGAUAUUGUAGUAGUGAAGCCUAUGCGUAGAAAAUCGAAAUCCUUACAACGCAGUCGAUCACAACUUCCUGUGGAUACUCCACAUCCACCAUCACCAACGCCAGUGGCACCAACUCGACGGAAACGAUUGCGUAAGGAACUUGAGCGUAGAAAUGACGAAAUAGAACCUAUUUGCAAUGGACACACCGAUUGGACCAGUGAUUCUGCCCCUGAGAAACCUCUUCCAUUGCCACCUACAAUGACCACAGAACAAUUAGAGAAACAAGAAGUAUACACAGUUGAAGAAAUCAUGACAACGAGUGAAGAGAAUAUUCAGAAGCUUGGAACGAGACUUCAAGGAGAAAAAUAUGUGGAGCCAGCACCUAUACCACCAAAAAGAAGAUCUAGGUCUAGGGGAACUUCUGUAGCACUUGAUGAAGAUAGGACAUCUCAUGGUGCAGAGUCAUUGCCAGAAGCUGGUUAUGUGGAGGAGGAUAUUCCACGAGAUGACCUUGAUCUAGGAAGAGAAUUAAUAGGUUAUGCCAUUAUAGAAAAACGAGAGAAGCCACCUAGACCUCCUCCUCCGAGGAGAAAGAGGGACAAGUUUGCUACUACUCCCAGAUCUGUUCCUCCUAAACGUCCCCAAAGAGCGUACAGUACUCUUGGCCCAGCUAGGUCUAAGGAGACUAAUAUAUUAACUGACGAUACUUAUGAUAUGACCCUGCAAGAAACUGAGUCUACUCCAUACAUAGAAAUCGACUCCGAUGAUGGAGAACACAAAAACCUCCGUAGCAGUGAAGUUCUGAGUAAAAUGCAGGGACGACCACUGCCAGCUCCACCUAGACCACCAAGAUCUAGAAAAGAUAGAUCUAUAGAAAGAUCCACUCGUGAGAUACAACAGGAAAUUGCUAUGGAAACGACCACUGCCACGCAGACAGAUCCCUUACCUGAUGACAUGGUGAUAGAGGAAGAAGUAACACAGGCAAAGCUACUUGUAGCACCAUCUAGCUCAGGCUCCCAGAUUAUGGUAUCCACAGAGAGAAUACCCAGUCCAUCAAGUAUGAGCACACCACCUGUUCCUCCUUUACCAAUGUCUCAAAGACUACGUAAGGAUGAACAACCAGAACCUUCAUACGAUACUGUCUCAUUAAAAUCUCCAUCUCCAACUAGAGAAAUGGAAGCUUUUGAGGACAAACACUUAUCCGCGCCACAUCUAGGUGAACCGAUUCAUAGCGACGAAGACACGCAUUUAAAGUCCAUUAGAUCCGCCCUGUUUUCAGAUGAACCUGUGAGGAUCACCAAUCUAGAAGUUGCUGACCUAAGAGUGGAUCGUCUGAGCGUUUCCCAAAUUGAAGCUGGUAAAAUCGUUGCAUCUGAAGUGGAUGCAUUGGUCGUUACUGCGUCUGAGUUGAAGAACAUAGGUGGUAGCAUGGAGGAGAGUCUGUCUCCUUCUAUUAUUAGGGAGUUGAUGGCUAUAAGAAGCCAUUUGGAGACUGUGGCUGCAUCCAGGGUUCAGGGUCAAAAGGAAGAGAGCAAAACGAUUGAGGCGAAGACAGACAUUCCCGUUGCACAGAGGCGGAGCGUCGAAAGGAAGCCUGAAGAAGAGUCAGUUUGUGGAGAUGCAGCGGAAGAGAAACCAAAGAGCGAGGAUCAAAAGGUUGUUAGAAAAAAAGCAAAGGAUACAUCAAGCACACAUACACUAUCGGUCGCGCAGGUAGAGGACAAAGAGUCGACACACACCCUAGCAAUUUCGCAAGUAGUACCGAGUGACAAAGAUACUCCUAGCACACAAACAUUACUAGUUGGUCAGGGUACUGAAGAUAAGUCCUUACGAAUUCUAGAUACAGAAACCUCUCUUUCAUUGAGCCCGGAUACUACUAAGGAGUCCAACAUGGAAGAAUCCCGCGUGUCCCUUCCCCCAUCCAUAGCGACCGCCAUGGGAGAGAGCACGGAGCCCAGGGUGUCUCUGGAUCUCUUGUCCGAAACUAGCAACGAUCCAAUGGACCCCACCUUCGACUCUAAACCUUCAGAGUCACAAGAAUUUUUGACGUCACAGGAAAAGGACAAAGAGACUUCGCCAGAAAUCAGCGAAUGGAAAAUACGAAAGUCAAGGUCCAGGUCACCAUCUCCAAUAGGUAUCCCUAGAACACGACAGACUGCUUCUCCAGUUAGAUCACUACCACCUGCCAUCUCUGUGACUCCGGACACACCAGACAGUAUCGUGAGUCACGGCAUUACCAACGAGAUGCAGCCGCAACGUGCUGUAAUUUCUUACACUUCAUACACAGAUCAGUCGGACAGAGAAAGUCAAAGAGAAUCGUCCCAAUCGCCAAUUCCUCCCUUCCCUAUAGGAGGUACUCAUCUCAUAGCAUUUCCAGCUUCACAAGUUCCCUCACAAUUUUUAUCCCUGGCCAAUCCUAGCCUUGACACAGAACCGAGUAUUACAGACAGUACCAGGCAAUUGGUCAGAGUUCUUCGAUUAGCUGGUUUAAAAGUUAUGAGAUAUUUUGUGGGAUAUAUGUCAUCUAUGGUGGGAGAGGAGUCGAGAGAGAAGAUCAGAGAAGUGGAACUAACGCUGUGUGCAUUGUUGCUUCUGGUUGCUGGCUUAUUGAUAUUCUUCUUCAGCAACCCUAGAACAGUUACGCAUCAUCAUCAUUGGGACUAUUUUAACCCACCAAAAUAAUAAGGUACAGAUGGUGUAAGAAGACUAUCUACAAAUAGAAUCUAUGCUAUUAUGUUUGUUUCAAUUGUCCGUUGCAAAGUGAUUUUAUAUACGCAUAAUGGGCAUUCUAUUUUUACGAUCGAUAAGGAAUAAGAGAAUAGACCUAAUACUUGCAGUAGAGUAAUAAGUACACGUAUUUAAAGACAAUGAAGAUUUGGUCAUACAAUUAAGUAGUUAGGUUUGUACUCUAUAGUUAAUUGUUGAACGCUUGUUAUGUGUUGGACAAAUAUGUAUGAGUUACAGCCAAUCAAUUGACUGAUCAACUUUUCCCAGGCGAAUAUUCAUUAUGUUAAAUGAUACAUGUGAAAGAAAUAACACCUACCAUAAUUUGCUAUGAAAAUACUUGUAUUUAAUUUCUUAAGCAAUGAAUAUGUAUAAAUACAAUGUAUAUACAUACAUAUAUAUCAUGUAUGUGUAUAUGUAUAAUUCAAUUACAGAUACCUUAUUACCAAAAAUAAAUUUUGCAAUGACUAUUUUUUUAUCGA